UAAAAUGUUGGAGGAAGAUGGGGACAGGAAUAUGUCAAGAUCAGGUGAGUGACGGUCCAAAGCAAAAGAUUCCCGACAGCGCAAUCUAAUGAAAGUAUCGCUUUUUCCCCUCCACUCUUCUCUUCUCUCGGCAAACCCUCACUGUCUAUCCUAUCGUCACUCUCGACCCCAGUCUUGCAUAUAACUCGAACACUUCUUCUUCCCCUCUCUCUUUCCACCUUCUUAACUCUCGAACACUUUCCACUUCUCCUCCUAUAUAACUCUAUAUAAAUAACUCCCACUUACUCGUGUCACUCCUUUUAUCUCUUCUUAGGGGUUUCUCACCGGUUACUGGCUGAGCCGGUCAUGGGGGAGGAGGAGAAGAAGGAGACGUUGCAGUGGCAGAAGCAGCCGAGCAGUGCUUGUGAUUCCAGUGGCAGUCCUAUUCAUGUCUUGGCCGUUGACGACUGUUUUCUUGACCGGAAAAUUGUGGAGAAGCUUCUUAAUAAGUCAUCAUUUAAAGUUACUAGUGUUGAUAGUGGAAAGAAGGCAUUGGAGUUUCUUGGAUUGAGUAAAGAUAAAGCGGAGAAAGCUAGUAAUGAUGACCAAAAGGUUGACAUAAUCCUUACUGACUAUUGUAUGCCUGAGAUGAAUGGUUAUGAUCUUCUCAUGGCUGUGAAGGAGAACAGUAAUGUGAAAUCCAUUCCUAUUGUGAUAAUAUCAUCUGAAUAUGAUCCACAGAGAAUCAAGAGGUGUCUUGCAAAUGGUGCUGAAGAUUUUCUACGGAAACCACUUCAAGGAAAAGACAUUCAGAAGUUGAGAAGCUAUGCUAGGCCAUCAACACCUGUACCCAAGACAGGGACAAAAAGAAAAGUCAUGCUGGACUUGAUACCAGAGAGUGGUGCAGCAGAAACACGGCCUCGCAUUGCUGGAGUUGCCGUCGCUUGACCAUGCAUCACCAUGACACACCACUACCCUAUCUAUUACUCUCUCUCUCUCUCUCUCUCUCUCUCAACAAUGCAAGUGACAAGCAACCAUGAUACUCUUCCCUUGGAAGGAAAGGUGUAGCUUCUGGUGGGGAGACUUGAUUGUGUUUUCUGCGAUGAGUUCUUGGUUUUGUUUUGAGGGAUCGGAAUGUUGUGCAAUAGAAAAUACACAAGCCAUGUUUAUACAAUAGGCCUUGUGGUCCUGUGAAUGAAUGUACUGGAUAAUAAUUUAUGCAUGUGCAAUCCUUAUUGAGAUGGGUUUCUAAAUGCACUUGCCACUUUCUUUUUGGUA